GUUUCCUCCUCCCAGUCAAUAUGUCUACCUUAGAUGUUCCAGAAGAAAGGCUGAGAAAAUUUAAGUAUCGAGGCAAAGAUGCAUCUAUGAGGCGACAACAGAGGAUCAUUGUCAGCGUGGAGCUUCGGAAGGCCAGGAAAGAUGAGCAGGUCUUAAAGAGAAGGAAUAUCAAUCAUGUGUCUGCUGAUCCUGCUUCUGAAAAAAUAGCCAAAAGGGUCGACCUCACUCUGGAUGAAAUAAUCAAAAGUGUGAAUAGUUCUGAUCCAGUUGUAUGUUUCCAGGCCACACAGGCAGCCAGGAAAAUGUUGUCCCGGGAACGGAACCCUCCCCUGAAAUCGUUUGUUGCAGCAGGACUCAUCCCGAGGCUGGUGGAGUUCCUGAAGUGGUCACUCCAUCCCUUCCUGCAGUUCGAGGCAGCCUGGGCUCUCACCAACAUUGCUUCUGGGACUUCGGAUCAGACCCGAGCCGUGGUGGAAGGGGGCGCUGUCCUGCCCUUGAUUGAGCUCCUGUCUUCUCCCCAUAUGACCGUGUGCGAGCAAGCUGUGUGGGCGCUCGGGAAUAUUGCCGGUGAUGGCUCAGAAUUCAGAGAUGUCGUGAUUGCGAGCAAUGCCAUUCCACAUCUGUUAGCCCUGGUUUCGUCAGCCAUACCAGUGAGUGUCUUCAAAGGAGAAGACCUAGCUAGGCAAAUGCUGCCUAUCCUCUCCCAACUGCUGCAGCAUCAGGACAAUGAGGUUCUCUCAGACACCUGCUGGGCUCUGUCCUACCUCACCGAUGGCUGCAAUGAACGCAUCGGGCAAGUGGUCCACACAGGGGUCCUGCCCAGGCUAGUGGACCUCAUGACCAGAUCGGAACUCAGUAUCUUGAUCCCUUCUCUCCGCACGAUGGGGAAUGUUGUCACGGGAACAGAUCACCAGACCCAGCUGGCCAUCAAUGCCGGCUUGCUAACUGUGCUGGCCCCGCUCCUGAAGCACUCUAGUAUCUCCAUCCAGAAGGAAGCAGCCUGGACCCUGAGCAAUGUGGCCGCUGGGCCUCACCAGCACAUCCAGCAGCUGAUUGCUUUCAACAUGCUGCCGCCAUUGGUGGACAUACUAAAGGACGGAGAGUUUAGAGUUCAGAGAGAGGCCGUGUGGACAGUGGCUAAUUUCGUCUCGGGGGCCACAGUGGACCAGAUAUUUCGGCUUGUCCACUCUGGAGUCAUGGAGCCACUGUUGAAUCUGCUCAGCGUCCCGGACGUGAGGAUGGUUAACAUCAUUCUCGAUGUCAUCGCUUACAUUCUCCAGAAAGCAGAGAGAAUAUGUGAGAAGGAAAACAUGUGCAUUCUGAUAGAAGAGCUGGGUGGGAUCGACAGGAUCGAGGCUUUACAACUGCACGAGAACCAUCAGAUCAGCCAGGCUGCUCAGAACCUCAUCGAGAAACACUUUGGUGAGGAAGAAGAUGGCGUACUGUUCCCAAGCCUGGAUCUAGGAUGUGAAUGUGUGAAGAAUAUAACAAAAUAAUAGCAGUACUCCACAAAUCCUAAAGCCCUUACCCACGCACUGAAAGAAAAUGUCUUUGAGAAGCGGCACUGCUGUUUCUUAGUGUAUCACAAAUGUAAAGCUUUUAAAACUUAA